GAGAUGGACAAAGACUAUCUAAAUCAAGGUCUUGGUGAGGCAGCUGCAGCCGGGAAUUUGGAAAAAGUCAGAAAUUGUCUUGUCGAAGGUGCAGAUAUAAACGAUAGUGUGUGGUAUGAUGCAACUCCCUUACACUUAGCUGUUAGAGGUGGACAUGUCGAAAUAGUUCAAUUGUUAUUAGAAAGAGGAGAUAUAGAUCCAGAUAGAGAAAAUGAGAGGUCUGAAAAAUAUUACGAUCCCGGGAAUCACACGUCUCAGUAUUGAAUUCUCGUAAAAUUCCGAAACUUGCAGUAUGGUCAUAUCAAAAGGAUGCUGGGCUUGUCAUAUACCAAACAAUAGACAACGCUUAUAUAUAUUGUUAGAAUUAAACAAAUUUGAAAGUGAAAUAUUACUAUACAUUUUAUGGAACGAACCGGCUGUGGUAUACAGAAAAAGAAAUAACACCGAAAGUAACGAGGCUAAACCGAAUUUGACGAUUUUAUGCUUAAAAAAACAUAUAUUUUCCAAUUAAAGGGGGAGCUUAUGCCCUGUUCGCCCCCUGAAUCCGUCAUUGUCUAGCAAUUAUGACAUAGUUGAUCAAUUUGUAGAAACAUAUGAAAUAGAAAGUGUUUCUUAUUCCUUAAACUGGGAACAUUUUAUGAUAAUUUGUGGAUAAUGCAAAUCUUAA